AUGAAUGUUGUUUCCACCGAGGAUGAUUUGUCAAAUUAUCUUCAUCAAGCAACUGCCGUCUCACGCGAACAUCCUGUUGUCAUCUCGAAGUAUAUCGAAGAGGCAAAGGAGAUUGAGAUGGAUGCCAUCGCCAAAAACGGGAAGCUGGUAAUGCAUUAUAUCUCGGAGCAUAUCGAGAAUGCUGGCGUCCACUCUGGAGAUGCUACCUUGGUGCUGCCACCUCAAGACCUGGAUCCGGAGACUGUUCGACGUAUUGAAGACGCGACACGCAAGAUUGGUAAUGCACUCAACGUUACUGGCCCAUUCAACAUCCAGUUUAUCGCGAAGAAUAACGACAUUAAGGUCAUCGAAUGUAAUCUCCGUGCUGCACGUUCCUUCCCCUUUGUGUCCAAGGUUACUGGUGUUGAUGCAAUCGAGAUGGCCACCAAAGUCAUGCUGGAUCUUCCCGUCGUUCCGUACCCUGACUUGAAUCUUCCUCCUGACUACGUUGGGGUUAAAGUCCCACAGUUCAGCUUCAAUCGGCUCUCCGGAGCUGACCCUGUUCUGGGUGUCGAGAUGGCCUCCACAGGCGAAGUAGCCUGCUUUGGAAAGAACAAGUACGAGGCAUACCUCAAAGCACUCAUUUCCACCGGCAUCGUUUUGCCCGAGAAGAACAUCCUCCUAUCUAUCGGAAGUUUUAAGGAGAAGCUAGAAAUGCUGCCAUCCGUCCAGAAGCUUCACCAAGCAGGAUACAACCUACUCGGAACGGCGGGAACAGCGGAUUUCUUCACCGAACAUAACAUUCCUUGCAAGUACCUUGAAGCUCUGCCAGACAGUGGUAGUCAUACCCAGAAGUCCGAGUACUCAUUGACUCAGCAUCUCGCUAACAACAUGAUCGACCUUUACAUCAAUUUGCCCUCAAAGAACAACUAUCGUCGCCCCGCCACCUAUACGAGUAAGGGAUAUCGCACUCGGCGCAUGGCAGUGGACUUCGCCGUCCCACUGAUAACGAAUGUCAAGAUAGCGAAGCUUUUAGCUGAGGCUUUGGUUAGAAAGAUGCCGCUGGAGGUAUCGCCAAUUGACUUCAAGACCUCUCACACGACAUUCAGUCUCCCCGGCCUCAUCAAUGUUCAGGCUUUCGUACCGAGGAUGAAGCAAGGGUCCAGAGACUUCGAGCUCAUGACAAAAGCAUCAGUUAGUGCUGGAUUUACAACCGUUCAGAUCAUGCCCUUCGACGUCGAAGCCAGUGUCACGAGUGGCGAAAGUCUGGAUGUGACACGAAGCAACCUCAAAGGAGCGGCUUAUAGCAACUACGCACUGUCGAUCGCUGCCUCGGCAACUAAUGCCUCAACGCUGGACGAAGAGCUUCAGGAGGAAGCGAAAGCUUUGUUUAUUCCGUUCAAUGGCUUGUCAGACCAAAAUAUCAGCAAAGUAGCUGCAGUAGCUGCACAUUUUGCUGCCUGGCCCAAGGAGAAACCUAUCAUUACCGAUGCACGUGCUACCGACUUGGCGACAAUUCUUCUCCUUGCGAGCCUCCAUAACCGAAGCGUUCACGUUGCCGAUGUUGGCAGCAAAGAGGACAUUCAACUCAUUGCACUCAGCAAAGAAAGGGGACUGAAAGUGACAUGUGAUGUGUCUGUGUACUCUUUAUUCUUCACUCGAGAACAGUAUCCUGCGUCUACCCACUUGCCUACUUUCGCUGAUCAGCAGGCGUUGUGGAGUCAUUUAUCCUCCAUUGAUGUCUUUGCCGUGGGGACAGCACCCUACCGCUUAGCCCUCGAUCUCGGGGAAUCUUCCAGUGCCCGGAGUGGUAUCGAAGAAACCUUACCAUUGUUAUUGACUGCACAGUCUGAAGGCCAACUGACGCUGGACGAUAUUCGCGCUAAACUUCACGACAAUCCUCUGAAGAUCUUCGAGCUACCAGAGCAGCCGAAUUCUCAGGUCGAAGUCGAAAUAAAUAGAAGGACUACUUAUCUUGCUCAAGGUCCACAUUGGUCACCACUUCAGGGAGUAAUGGUGAAGGGUUGCGUUCAUAGGGUUGUCUUGCAAGGUCAAACCGUCUAUCUUGAUGGUGUGAACUUUGCAAAUCCUUUGGGUCGCGACGUUUCCGGUCUGCAAGUCAUGCCAAUCCAGCGCGCUGCUGGCAGGGCUAGUUCCUUUAUCGCAACUAAUCGGCCUUCAAUCCAAGUUGACCAGCUUGUAUCUCCUACUCUUGCUUCUGCGAGUCGUGUCACUGACGUCCCGCAAGCAUUCCAUCUCUCAACGCGGGAUAUCUCGCCGAACCGACUCGUGACUUUGCCCCCACCUCAUCCAGCGUUCCACCGACGUAGUAUCCUCAGUGUGAAACAAUUUUCGCACCUUGAUAUACACCAAUUGUUUGACCUUGCUCAUGAAAUGCGUCUGCAAGUCGAACGAAAUGGUGUUAUUGACGUGUUGCGCGGUCGGAUAUUGUGUAAUGUUUUCUACGAACCUUCCACUCGCACCAGUUCUUCGUUCGAGUCUGCGAUGAAGCGUCUUGGAGGCGAGGUCGUUACUGUCUCGGCAGACAGGUCUUCCGUCGCCAAGGGAGAAAGCCUCGCAGACACCAUUCGCACUCUUGCUUGUUAUGGAGAUGCGAUUGUCUUGCGACAUCCAACUUUGGGGGCUGUCUCCAGCGCCGCAAAAUUCUCGCCGGUACCGAUUAUCAAUGCCGGAGAUGGUGUAGGAGAGCACCCUACUCAGGCUUUGCUCGAUAUCUUCACUAUUCGAUCUGAGCUUGGUACUGUCAAUGGAAAGACUAUCACUCUCCUCGGCGAUCUUAAGAACGGUCGGACGGUCCAUAGUCUCGUCACCCUUCUCUGUUUCUACUCAGUUCGGCUAAAUUUUGUCUCGCCGCCUGAACUCACCAUGCCCGACAGUGUCACCUCUGCAGCGAGAAGAGCGAGUGUGAGCAUCACAGAGACCAACUCGCUCAACGAUGUUUUAUCUGGGACAGAUGUGCUUUAUGUCACUCGCGUUCAACAGGAACGUUUCACCGAUCUCCUCGAAUGGGAGCGGGUCCACAAGUCGUACGUCGUUGAUCACUCUGUACUUGCGAGAGCGAAGGCAGAUAUGAUCGUCAUGCAUCCAUUGCCUCGGCUAACUGAAAUUGACCCUGAGGUUGACUUUGAUUCUCGGCGCGCAGUGUACUUCCGACAGAUGCGAUACGGGCUCUUUGUCCGUAUGGCUCUGCUUGCUAUGGUGAUGGGCUAGCUGCCACCAGGUGCUUGGUCUGUAUAAAAACCCUUCGGAGAUCACCAAAAUUGGGCAUUCAGAAUUGAAAUGGACAAGGUAUUCUGCGUAGAAACGACUAGUACAUGCAUGCGAUUUAUGUAUGAUAACCAAAAACCAACAUGCACACAGGAUGCAGAUAGCCUUGUAGGUCGGUCACUGAAGUUCGUUAAUUGCAGUAAUUAUGGUAAUGAAACGCUGGUCCAUGUAUGGGUAUAAACAUUUACGCCAAAGAAACGUAGUUUGCACACAGUCAGGUUUCUAACAGGAGCAAGCCCAAGGUUCCGAGGUGUCAGAUACUUGAGUGAGGGAGAUAUUCCCAGGCAUAGCAACACCAGGCUGA